CAGUACGCCAACGACGUUCUCUUGGGCCAACUCAUCGGUCUUUUUGACACAGAAUAUGUUUGUUUUCCUUUCUUGAUUGUAAUGAACUGAAACUAAUUUAUUGCAAUAAUUUAGAUCUAGUGAAUAGAAAAUAUGGAGGUUUACUAUCUCAUAUUCAUUUUGAGUGUUUUCUGGCAUGGUUCUGAGGGUAUUAUGUGGAGCCUGGCUCCUAACACCCAAAAGUGUUUGAAAGAGGAGUUGCACGCGAAUGUCCUCGUGGCCGGAGAGUAUGAAGUCACAGAAGUUGCCGGCCAGAGAGUAGAUUACACUAUUCGUGACUCAAAAGGCCACAUCCUGUCACAGAAAGACUCGAUUACGAAGGGCAAGUUCACAUUUGUGACGGAAACUUAUGACACUUUUGAAGUGUGCUUCAUUUCUAAAGUGCCGCCAGAACGCCGUAGCGUGAGCCAGGAUGUACAUCUAGACAUCAAAGUUGGAAUUGAAGCCAAAAACUAUGAGGGUAUCGGUGAAGCCGCCAAGCUGAAGCCGAUGGAAGUGGAACUGAAGCGCCUCGAGGACCUGUCAGAAGCCAUCGUGCAGGACUUCACCCUGAUGAGGAAGCGGGAAGAGGAGAUGAGGGACACUAAUGAGUCAACAAACAACAGGGUGCUCUUCUUCAGCGUGUUCUCGAUGGUGUGCCUUCUAGGGCUGGCCACGUGGCAGGUACUCUACCUCCGCCGGUACUUCAAGGCCAAGAAGCUUAUUGAAUAGACUAUUAUUUAGAUUAGGG